AAACAGUGACACUGUUACGCCAAACAUACAAACAGGACAUAUCCACAGAAGCAUGCUACCGCGGCACAACUCACCGGACGAAGAACAGGUCUUCUUGGACGAAGAUGUAGGAGAGGAGAAGAAAACUUUACUCAACGACGGUGAGGCAAUGCUCCUUGGUUCAAUGGUACGAAAGCGUACCAUUGGUGAACGAAGAAGAAAUCUGGACCAGAUGGUCAAUCUACCUUGGUGGAAAUUCGCCCUGGGCGUCUUAGCAAUCUGGGGUUUAUUCGAGUUGACGAAGGCCGCAAUCCAGCACUUCAAAGCCGGACCGCCCGCAAAUGCAGGCAAAGACUAUGGAGAUCUAUCGUGGUACUGCAGGAGAGAUUGCGGCAAAUCCUGGGAAGAAGCAGAGCCGAAGGGCUGCGUUUUCGAUGAGCUAGAAUUUCGCUUCACGCACCCGGAAUGCAUUAAUGACGACGCCCAAAAAGACUUCGCCGAGUCGGGCCCUGGGCCAGAUGGGAAAUGGUUAUAUGCUAUCGACGUGGACUGGAGACAUUCUGAUGAGGGACACGGCAACAUUUAUAACGGUACGAACAUGCACAUCAUCAACUCGGACGAAUUACGAAAUAUGAUUAAGCCCAAGCUCACCGUCUGGCAUUCGAAUCUGUGGCAUAUCUCGCAUUGUCUUUGGUACUGGAGAAAAGUGUCGCUAAGUAGAUUUGACGGAACAUUACUCCCAAUGGAUCGGGCGGAGGAAGCGGAGCACUCAUACCAUUGCACGAGGAUGAUCAUCAAUUAUUUGCGGAAGGAGCAUCUGACGGAUCAGUAUAAGACAAGCUUUAGCUUUUAAAUGUACGAAGGUCUCUCAAGAUUCGAAAUUUUUGGCUUCGUAGGCAAUAGAUAGUCGAAGUAAUGGAUGGCACUCAACG